AUGUUAAAUUAUAAAAGAUAUAUUUUUUUUUAUAAUAAUAUUAAUAAUAAUAUUUAUUAUUUAAUUUUAGAUAGAAAAAAUUUUGAUUAUAUAUAUAUUUUAUAUAAUAUAGUAAAUAAUAAAAUAAUACAAUAUAUUUAUAUAUUAAAUAUUAUAUAUAUAUAUUAUAUAUAUAAUAAUUUGUUUUAUUUAUUAUUAAAAAUGUAUAAACAUAUUUUUUUUUAUAAUAUAAUUAAACAAAAAAAUGAAAUAUAUAAAUUAAAAUUAAAUAUAAUAGGUAUUAAUUAUAAAUUUUAUUAUUUAGAAAAGUAUAAUUUAAUAAUUUUUAAAUUAAAAUAUAAUCAUAAGAUAAUUAUUAAAAUACCAAAAAUAAUUUAUUGUAAAAUUUAUGUUAAUAAAAAUAUAUUAUAUAUGUAUAGUAUUAAUUUAUUUAUAUUAUAUUCAAUUGGUAAUUUAAUUAAUUCAUUUCAAUAUAUUAAUAAAUAUAAAGAAUUAGGAAUAAAAAUAUUAUGA